AUGGACACUACCCUUACACGCACGGUGACCGCAAAAGACGCCGAGGAUGUUCCUCCAGCAUUCGCGACCUUGAGCCACACCGACUCAUUUGUCUCUCCCGUCUCACAUUCUGAGCCAGCAUACCACCCGCCAGCAACAGAAAAGGGGCUUACACAAACCACAACCACCACAUCCCAACGCACCGCGGCAAACCGCGUGCUAUCACGCUUCCGCACCGCCGACUCGAUCCCUUUGACACCUCCACCAGAUGGCGGCGUCAACGCCUGGAUCAUGACCUUCAUGGCCUGCCUCGUCAACUUCAACACAUGGGGCUUCGUGAAUUCAUUUGGCGUCUUCCAGACCUACUACGUCAACACCAUGCAGAUCGGUAGUCCUUCCGCCGUCUCCUGGAUCGGAUCUGUCCACGUCUUCCUUGUGUUCGGGAUUGGCACAUUCUCCGGACGAGCCACCGACGCAGGUUACUUUCACCCAGUCUUUGCGAUAGGGAGUCUGAUUUACUGCGUUGGUAUCCUGUCGCUGAGCUUCUGCGACCAGUACUGGCAGGUCUUCCUCUGUCACUCCCUCACUGUUGGCUUCGGAGCUGGUCUAGCCUUUGUGCCCAGCAUAGCCGUUGCAGCGAGCUAUUUCAGCCAUGCAAAACGUGGCGCCGCACUGGCUCUGGUCUCGCUGAACAAAUGCUUCCCCGCCAUGGCUUUGCAUGGACCGUGCGGACCAUAUUCUUCAUCGAGGCGACCCAUUGCGACCGUCGCAGCGUGUGUCAUGCGCCCACGCCUCCCACCACGAAGAGCCGGUCCCAUCAUCGAAUGGACAGCGCUCCGCGAGGGACCAUACACCCUCUUCCUGAUCUCCAUCUUCUUCUCCUUCUGCGCCCUGUACGUCGGAUUCUUCUACAUCGGCAGCUUCGGCCGCGACGUCCUGGGCGUCAGCCAAGCAACUGGCAUCCAACUCCUCCUCACGAUGAACGGCGUCGGCCUCGUUGCGCGAGUCAUACCGAACAUCAUCGCUGACAGGGCCACUGGACCACUGAACCUCAUCAUUCCGUACUCGAUCAUCACGGCCGUCGUCUUCUUCAGCUGGUUGGCUGUGGAUAGUGUGAGCGGGUUGUGGACGUGGGCUGUUGUGCAAGGCGUAAGCAACGCCGGGAUACAGGCCUUGUUCCCGGUGGUGUUGACGAGUCUGACGGAUGAUCCGAAGAAGAUGGGUGUGAGAAGCGGGAUGGGUUUCACGACAGCGGGCAUGGCAGUGCUCAUUGGCCCGCCUAUCGCUGGGGCGUUGGUGGAGAGGCUAGAUGGCGAUUACAUGGGCUUGCAGUUGUUCGGAGGAUGCAUGUUGGCGUUGGCAGCCGCGUUCCAGAUAGCGGCGAGGUGGGCGAAGGUUGGAUGGGGUAUCAGGAGGAAGGUAUGA